GCCGGGAGAGGCAGUUGAGGAGCGUGGAGUGCAGCAUGAGGGUGUCCGGCGUGGCGCUGCACCACCACCAUCACACACAUUCACGCCGCCCCACCACACACCCAGCGUCCUUCCUCUCCUGAUGGUUCUCACUCCCCACCUGUGACUAUGGUAAUUUCAAUGCCACGAAACAACAGAUCCUCACAAUAAGGCGUUUUAUUGUGUGUGUUUAUACAGACUUGAACUAAAUAACACAAAAGACGCCACAGGGGGGGAUACUGAACUAGUUAUCAUGAAAACCCCAACUGAAGAAGAGGUCGUCGAUAGAUGAGACAAACCCCACCAGAAAAACAAUCUCGCAGACGCAGAUGAUUUAAAGAAAAGCUGACAAGAAUUCAUUAGGUUAUCAGACAGACCCAAAGACAUUAUUCUCAGCGGAAAUAAAAGGAAAUAAAAGUAGAGGAUAUUGUUUGUGGCAUAGCAAGAGUGUACAGUACAGGAGAACGUCAGCUUUCCCGUGAGGUCUGGACUCUCCCCAACCGUCCAGGAAAGCUCUCGGGACUGGGCAGUGAUCCAAGUGUAUACCUGCAGCACCACGACACCCAACGUGAAGAUGAUGGAGGUGUUGGUGACGGUAGUGCUGGCGGUGUGGUGGUGCGGGCAGACACACGCUGCGGGAGACACCAUCAUCUACAACCCCCCUGCACACGGCGGCCCGCCAGCAGAAGUGCAGAGGAUGCUUCAUCUCCGCGGCACGCAGACCCAGACCGCUGAUACUGGCCACGUCCUCACCACAAUCAGCCACGACUCACCACCUCACAGCACCCCGUCCAGGUCUCCUCCACGCCUUCUUAUUUCUACUGGGGACCUUCCAGAUACCAAGACGACUACCGGUGAAUUUUUAGACACUCAGACGUCUGUUAGUAAAUUUUUAGAAACCCAGACAACUGCUAGUGAAUUAUUAGACACCCAAACGUCUACGAGUGAAUUAAUAGACACUUACACGUCUACUGGUGAACUUUUAGACACCCAGGCGUCUACUGGUGGACGUUUAGACACCCAGACGUCUACUGGUGGACGUUUAGACACCCAGACGUCUACUAGUGAACUAUUAGACACCCAGGCGUCUACUAGUGGACGUUUAGACACCCAGGCGUCUACUAGUGGACGUUUAGACUACCAGACGUCUACUAGUGGACGUUUAGACACCCAGGCGUCUACUAGUGGACGUUUAGACACCCAGGCGUCUACGAGUGGACGUUCAGAAACCCAGACGUCUACUAGUGGACGUUCAGACACCCAGACGUCUACUAGUGAACAUUUAGACUCCCAGACGUCUACUAGUGGACGCUUAGACUCCCAGACGUCUACUAGUGAACAUUUAGACUCCCAGACGUCUACUAGUGAACAUUUUGACUCCCAGACGUCUACUAGUGAACUUUUAGACUCCCAGACGUCUACUAGUGAAUAUUUAGACUCCCAGACGUCUACUAGUGAACAUUUAGACUCCCAGACGUCUACUAGUGAACAUUUAGACUCCCAGACGUCUACUAGUGAACAUUUAGACUCCCAGACGUCUACUAGUGAACUUUUAGACACUCAGAUUUCUGCUGGUGAACUCUCAAGUACUGAAGCCUACCCCAGUAUCCCGGACAUUCUGAUGACGACUGGUGACCUCGACGCAAAGGGAUCAGAUAACACUCCAUCAUACUUUCAGACAGAUCAGCCAGACAUUCAGACAUCUUCGGAUGACCUUCCAGACGAUCUUACGACAACCCUUCCUAUUUUGACGACAGAAGCGUUCGAUCUGUCUACCAUUUUUGGGGAAAGUCACAGAGGACUCUCUCACACGACCCUGGCAGUUGAGACAACAACGAGAGGUGAAGUUGACAAGGCCGGGAAGAUCGACGAGAGUAAGAUAAUGCACAACGAAGACAAGACGGUAAAGAAAGAGCGGAAGACGAAACUGAAGGACACUGUGGACCAUAUGGAAAAUACGCUUUACUUCGCCUUUAAUGAUGACAAGAAUAAAAACAGCCAACUGAGAGGCCCACUCGGAAGGUCUGUGGAGGCCCGAGCACCAUCUCUGGCUGACUACCCGGUCGAGCACCGCGGAGGCCACAAUGACCUGUACCAGUACAACAUCCAGGACCACCAGAGAGGCGUGUACCAGUACCACUUCCGGGACCACCAGUCAGGGUCGUACAAAUUCGGGUACAGCGGCAACAAUCAGUGGCGUCACGAGGAACGACGUCCUGACGGUGCGGUGCUCGGCCGCUAUGGGUGGCACGACGCCGCAGGGAAGCAUCACGUCACCCACUACGUCGCCGACGCCUGGGGGUACCGCGUGAUCCAGCCCGGUCAGCGGGUAAAGAUCCACGUCGUUCCGCCCACCACCACCACCACUCCUACUACCAAGAGUUCUCCCACGCUCACACGCCCAUCCAACACUCGUCCGCUGACCACACGCCCACCUUACUUUCGUCCGUCGUCCACACGCCCACCCUACACUCAUCCACCGCCCACACGACCACCCUACACUCAUCCACCGCCCACACGCCCACCCUACACUCAUCCACCGCCCACACGCCCACCCUACACUCAUCCACCGCCCACACGACCACCUACACUCAUCCACCGCCCACACGCCCACCCUACACUCAUCCACCGCCCACACGCCCACCCUACACUCAUCCGCCGCCCACACCCCUACUAUAUUCUCGUCCGUCACCCAUCACGCACCUACCUUUUUACACACCUACGUCGCCCACCACGCACCAACCAUCCUACACGUUUCCGCCGCCCUCCACGCGCCGACCACCCAGCACAUCUCCACCACCCACCACAAGCCGACCACCCUCCACGUCUCUGACGCCCAACUUGCGACGAUCACCCAGCACAUCUCCGCCAUCCUCCACGAGCCGAUCACCCUCCACGUCUCUACGCUCAACACGCGCCGACCACCCAGCACGUCUCCGCCACCCUCCACGAGCCGACCACCCUCCACGUCUCUGACGCCCAACACGCGCCGACCACCCAGCACGUCUCC